UUCCAAUGGAAAACUCAGCUUUUGAAAUGCAAGAAACCCUGUCCCAAAACGCCACACCUCUUGGGAGGGAGUCAGUUGUAUCUGGGCAGGAAACGAAGACGCAGUGGUCUCUAUUGACCCUCUUCUUGGUGUGUCUCUUGGCCUGCAUUGUCACCACAGCAAUAGGAGUGCUGAUUCUGUCUUUGGUCUAUAAUAGCAACACCAACCCGGGAAUAAGUAUGUCUCCAAAGGGUGAAUCGAGCCCUCAGGGAAUGCCGAUGGCUCCUUCAGACAAAGUCAGGGUCGACCUAAAAUUUCAGUUUCUCAAUCAUCUUCAUAAAUCUAAGGUGUUCAGCUUUCCAGGCGGGGCUAUCCAGUGGGCCCGAUUCAGGAACAAUGCCGGCGACUACUCCAGUGUAGAAGAGAAAACCUUCGGGAACAGCCUCAACCGCCAGCAGUCUCACAUGACUUUUGGGACCUUGAGAAUCAAAAGCAACGGGCUCCGGGCCCCGCACUGGCACUUCAAUGCCAACGAGCAUGGCUAUCUCUUACAGGGUUCCGCCUGGAUCGGUGUGGUCGAUGAAGGAGGCAGCACAGCCACCACAUACAACGUCACUGCUGGCCAGGUCAUCUUCUUCCCCAGAAAUACACUGCACUGGUUAAAGAACGUUGGAAAGGACGACUGCUUAUUCUUGCUCUUCUUUACCACGCAUGAUGAACUGCAGACCCUGGAUGUGGAUGACGUGUUUUUCUCCACACCAGAGGACAUAGCUUCCAGAUCCCUUAAGCCUCAAGGUGGAGUUAAUUUCAUUAGAACAUUCAAGAAACAAGAAGUGGAUCAGGCUGUGAACCUUCCACCAAAUCUGGCAGAGCUAGUCAUGAACGCUACCUUCAUACAGUCUCCAGACAGUCUCGUCUGGCAGUACUUUUACGAUCUUAAAGGUUCGAGAGAAUUCCGACUUCCAGGAGGAAUAAUUCAGUGGGCUCGGUAUCGGAAAAAUGGAAAUGGGUUAAAUGCCAAUGAGAAAAUUUUCAGCGAAUCUCUGAAUCAGCAUGAGAACACUCUAACCCUUGGAACCCUCAGAAUUUACAGCAAUGGGUUACGCCAGCCUCACUUUCAUUUCAAUGCCAACGAACUGGGCUAUGUCAUCAGUGGAUGUGGACAGGUGGGAAUUAUUGGCACCAAAGGCACCACAGAUUUUAACAUUGGCAUUGGAGAUGUUGUGUUUUUCCCUGUUGGAACCCAGCAUUACCUGAAGAGCACGUGCGUUGAGGACUUGCUUCUCAUUCUUGCUUUCAGCACUGGUAACCAGCUUCAAACGCUCGACAUGGAUGAUUACUUCCACGCUACAGCUGAUCACAUCCUGGCCCAGCUUUUCUUCAAGAAACAAAAUGAGUUUAAGAAGAUCCCUAGAUUCAACGAGGAUCAGGCAAUUAAUCUGCCUUAAUAAUAAUAAUAAUAAUGAUGA